GUUGUUUUUCAGUCUGGAGUCCCAGUGUUAUUUUGGGCGCGUGACGGACGCUGGAAUGCACACGUGAGGUCGCGUGAUUUCACCAUCCAGCUAGGCUGGGCAGAGACCGACCAGGACUAGUUCACACAUCCAACGUACACAGUUCAGUCGACAGAGGCACACGCGUAUGACGGACUGAAUAAGACGCGGGCAUACAUGAACGUAGAAGUUUCCACCACUGGCGGGGCUUCAGACCCAGCACUCGCGCUUCGACUGAACAUGCAGAGAGACAACGAGGCCUACCCGCUACCUCCCCACAAGCGAGUCAAGACAGAAAACAUGUCUUACGACCUCCACGGCAGCAUAUCUCCCGUCCACAUGGCCUUCAUGACUGACUCCAGAGGUUUCAGACGAAGAAACAUGCAAGGUACCGAGGAACAACGGGAUCUGCACAGAAUCGUGGAGAAGAGAAGACGGGACAGAAUUAACGACUGCCUGGCCAACAUCCGGGAACUUCUACCAGAGGAACUUGUCAGACAAAAGGUGAGUUGUUCUUUUCCAAUGUCGUUCGCAGUUUCGCAAAAUUACACUAGCGUUACAUGA